UCUCAAGAUAGGUGUAAUAGCUUUUUUAAUCUUCCAACAGGUUUUGCCUGCCCACCUAAGAAAAUAAAGCAAUGGAGACUGAACAACAGGAAGAGACCUUCACCAACACAGAGACAAAUGACCUCUCUACAGGCAAACGUCCCGCAGAAGAUAUGGAGGAAGAGCAGGCCUUCAAAAGAUCUCGGAACACAGAUGAGAUGGUUGAAUUACGCAUCCUGCUUCAAAGCAAAAACGCUGGAGCAGUGAUUGGAAAAGGUGGCAAAAAUAUUAAGGCACUUCGUACAGACUACAAUGCCAGUGUUUCAGUCCCAGACAGCAGUGGCCCCGAGCGUAUCUUGAGUAUAAGUGCAGAUAUAGAGACAAUUGGAGAAAUCUUGAAGAAGAUUAUCCCUACUUUAGAAGAGUAUCAACACUACAAAGGCAGCGACUUUGACUGCGAAUUAAGACUUCUCAUUCACCAGAGUUUGGCAGGAGGAAUUAUUGGUGUCAAGGGUGCUAAAAUUAAAGAACUAAGAGAGAACACUCAGACCACCAUUAAGCUCUUCCAAGAGUGUUGUCCUCAUUCUACUGACAGAGUGGUGCUUAUUGGUGGAAAACCUGAUAGAGUCGUUGAAUGUAUCAAGAUUAUUUUGGAUCUUAUAUCUGAGUCUCCAAUUAAAGGACGGGCCCAGCCUUACGAUCCGAAUUUCUAUGAUGAAACCUAUGAUUACGGUGGCUUCACAAUGAUGUUUGAUGAUAGAAGGGGACGUCCAGUAGGCUUUCCGAUGCGUGGAAGAGGAGGUUUUGAUCGAAUGCCCCCUGGUCGUGGUGGACGCCCUAUGCCCCCAUCAAGAAGAGAUUAUGAUGAUAUGAGCCCUCGCAGAGGACCUCCACCACCUCCACCAGGUCGUGGUGGGAGAGGUGGCAGCAGAGCUCGUAAUCUUCCUCUUCCUCCUCCACCACCUCCUCGAGGCGGAGAUCUUAUGUCCUAUGACCGAAGGGGAAGACCAGGAGACCGAUACGAUGGCAUGAUGAUGCAGUGUCAUGUUGAUGCGUGUGAUGACAUGCAGCCACCAGAGUUGUUUGAGGGUGGAUCUGGAUAUGAUUAUUCUUAUGCAGGGGGACGCGGUUCAUAUGGAGAUCUUGGUGGACCCAUCAUCACCACACAAGUAACGAUUCCCAAAGAUUUGGCAGGAUCUAUUAUUGGAAAGGGAGGCCAGAGAAUCAAACAAAUACGUCACGAGUCAGGAGCUUCGAUCAAAAUUGAUGAACCCUUAGAAGGCUCAGAAGAUCGGAUAAUAACUAUUACAGGAACACAGGACCAGAUACAAAAUGCACAGUAUUUACUGCAAAACAGUGUGAAGCAGUAUGCAGAUGUUGAAGGAUUCUAAUGCAAGAUUAUUUUUUCUUUUUUAUAGUGUGAAGCAGUAUUCUGGAAAGUUUUUCUAAGCCUAGUGAAGAACUGAAGGAGUCCUGCACCCUUUUUUUUUUUU